AGAUAGCAUGUGGCCCAAGCAAAUCAAUCAGUCGCUAAAAUGUACAUCAUCCCAAUUUCAGAAGAUCGAACACGACGAAGUCUUUCAUGGUCGCCUGAGGCUAUUGACAGCUUGUGCAAAGAAGUAGACGGUGCCAGGGUCAGAUUCCUUGGCACUCCGUUCUUCGAAAAAUAUGACAGGGUGAUUGUGAGUUUCCCAGGCGCACAUGGCAGAGCUUGGAACAAAUUGAUACAGGGGGCAGGUGGUUGGAAAACCAGUUGUGUGUUCUUGCCUGACGAGGACGCACCAGGCUAUGGUGUCCACGUGAAAAAUGAUUCCCCACAGUGCUGUCACGCCAUUUGGGGUGUGACACCGUGCUUCUGUCACAUGCUGUAUGGACAACCUGAACGGUGGGGUUGCCGCUGGUAUCAGAUGUGGGUGGAGAACACACGUCGAGCUGCAGAGAUGGAUGCCGAGCUUGUCGUUGUCACCAAAGCAGAUGGAAGCCUCGGGCGCUCCCAAAAGGGAGAGGUCGAGUUUCUCGAGACCUCUGGCUAUGAGUACAGAAGAAGAAGUGUCCGGGAAUUUGCAGAGGAUGUGCUCGACAUUUUCAUGCCGGAUUGCAACCAAAAAAACUAUAGAGACCAUGGAAUUGGAAUGAGCCUUCCUAAGGAUUUUGGUUCGAAGAACAGAAAAUAAAAAAACUCCAGUUUCUGAACGUUCUAGUCCGCAUAUAUUUUCUGCCCAUUAGCUAAUUGCCUAAUUGCUGUGUUCUUUACGUCAGACUUAGCCUUUUGCUGUGCUCCAAAGGAAGCAUGCAUCUGGCUACCUGCUACACCCUCGAAGAGGGGGUCGGGGGGAGCACCUGGAAGCAGAGCAAGAAAAAAA